GCCAAGUUCAGCCUCGCGCGUUUUUGAGCUUCUCGACUGCGGACUUUGGGCCUUGCCGGGAUCUGAAAUCACCCGUGCAGUCCAUCUGCUCAGAAAACAUGGAGGUCUCUCGUGGUCUCUCGGCGGCGACCAGAAGCUUCUGUCGCUCGACGACGUCCUCCUUCCUUGCCUCAUUUACGUCCUUGCCUCGAGUCCCGGCCCGCACGUUCUCUUCCAUACCCGUCCUGUUUGCGCCUCGCUCAGCGAAGGACAAGCAGGCGGUGGCGAAGGCCAAGAAGAGAAAGAAGAAGCAUCAGAUGUUCAAGCAAUAUGACCUAAGGGAGAUGCAGCAAUUUACUUUAUGUGAAGCCAUGCGGUUUAUUCAAGCAAUGGAAGUCACGCGAGAUCCUGACACCCCUAAAUACGACGUACACAUCAAGAUGCGAACGAAGAAGGAUGGUCCUAUCAUUCGAAAUCAGAUCAAGUUGCCUCAUGCGGUUAAACAAGAUAUCAAAGUGGCAGUGAUAUGCCCUCCAGAUUCUCCAGCUGCAAUACAGGCACGAGAGGCGGGCGCAGCUUAUGUUGGAGAAGAAGAAAUAUUCCAACGAGUGAAAGACGGGAAAAUCGAUUUUGACAGAUGCCUAGCUGUACCGUCAUCUCUACCGAAGAUAAACAAGGAGGGUCUGCCACGAAUACUGGGUCCUCGAGGUCUGAUGCCGAGUCUCAAAUUAGGCACUGUGGUGGACAAGCCAGGCCCGGCGGUGAGAAACAUGCUGGGUGGUAGCAUGUAUAGAGAGCGAGCAGGUGUGGUUCGGAUGGCUGUCGGGAGACUCAGCUUCACACCAGAGCAGUUGAGGGACAACGUCAAAGCAUAUGUCAAUGCUGUCAAGAAGGAUGCCACCAUCUUGAGUGAUCAGAUUGUCAAGGAGGUGUCUGAAGUGGUUUUGAGCUCAACAAACACUCCUGGCUUCUCCCUGAAUGGAGAAUUUUACAAAGGAGCACCGGGAGAGGCUACACCUCAGCAGUUGAGUGUGGCAUGAGAUUAUUUGCAGUUACUUGUACAAACGCUUUGAUAUUACCGAUACAGCUACGCACGGGCAAUGAAGGCACAUUGGACAGCUGAAGGGGAAUGACCACAUCGACUUCAUAGGGUAUCAUUGUGUUGUGGAUAGGUUCUCUAUCAUCCUUCUACAGCUGCCCGAAUCUGCAGCAUUUGUUGUUUGAUCUUGACCUGUGGCUCUUGCUUGAUAGCAACUUCAAGGUCUGCCAGCAAAAUCUCCUGAAUGUUCCGUAUUCGCGAAUCCUGUGCCAAUAUGAAGGGAUGAUGGGCGCUGUGCCUGCUCAUAAGAUGCUUCAACAUGAGGAACUCCUCAGUCCUCCG